AUGAGCGAACGAAAGGAGAGAGUAAACCUGAGUGUGCUGUUGGGACGCUCCGAGCCUGGUACAGAGGCACUCCUCCCCUCUCCACGGCCCCAUGAGAGGUCAGGCGCAGCUAUGCGGCCUGACAGCUUCCGUUUGCCGUUCGUUUGUUUGGAUUCCCUGCCAUUAGCUUGUAGGGGGUGGGCUCCAGUUCCCCUCCUCCGUCUCAUGAGUGCAGGAGGGUGUGAAGAGUACGGCUCGCACACAGCCCCACAGCAGAGCAGCCUCUCUGGUCCUGCCGCCAACAGCUCCUCCUUUCUCCCUCUCUCCCUCCCUCUUCUGGCUGCUCUCACUGCUCAGCUCUCCGCUCGGCUUCACUCCGCACCGCGUGGCCCGUCGCUCUCUUUACUCUGCCAGCUAAAUGGAGUUUGUCAGGUGUCAGUGGCUAUGAUGACGCCUCAGGUGAUCACGCCGCAGCAGAUGCAGCAGAUCCUCCAGCAGCAGGUCCUGAGCCCACAACAGCUCCAGGCUCUGCUCCAGCAACAGCAGGCCCUCAUGUUACAGCAGCAGCAACUCCAAGAGUUUUACAAGAAGCAGCAGGAACAACUCCACCUCCAGCUCCUCCAGCAGCAGCAUGCAGGCAGUAAACCCAACAAAGAGCCGCAGGUGUCGGCCCAGCAGUUGGCCUUCCAGCAGCAGCUCCUCCAAGUGCAGCAGGUCCAGCAGCAGCACCUGCUCAACCUCCAGAGACAAGGGCUCCUGAGCAUCCAGCCGGGCCAAGGCCUGGGCCAGGGCCUGCCCCUGCACCAGCUCAGCCAGGGCAUGAUUCCAGCCGAGCUGCAGCAGCUGUGGAAGGAGGUGACAAACGCUCAUGUGAAGGAGGAGCACAGCAACGGGAACCACAACGGCCACAGGGGGCUGGACCUGUCCUCCCCGACCCCCCCAAAGAACUCCUCGCUCAACCAGCACACGCCCACCAACGGACAGUACCUGAGUCACAAGAGAGAAGGGUCCAUUCUAGAAGAGCCUUCAUCACACUGUCACCCUCUCUAUGGUCAUGGCGUCUGCAAGUGGCCGGGCUGCGAGGCGGUCUUUGAUGAUUUCCAUUCAUUCCUAAAGCAUCUCAACAAUGAGCACGCCCUGGACGACCGGAGCACCGCCCAGUGUCGGGUCCAAAUGCAGGUCGUGCAACAGCUGGAGCUCCAGCUUUCGAAAGACAAAGAGCGUCUGCAGGCCAUGAUGACGCACCUCCAUGUCAAGUCUACGGAGCCCAAAGCCACGCCACAGCCGCUCAACCUGGUGUCCAGCAUCACACUGUCCAAGUCGGCCCCCGAGGCGUCCCCUCCUCUGAGCCUGCCUCACACCCCCACCACCCCCACGGCCCCCCUCACGCCCCUGUCCCAAACACACUCUGUCAUCACGGCCAACAGCCUGCACAGCGUGGGCCACAUGCGGCGCCGCUACUCCGACAAAUACAACAUGCCCAUCUCUCCAGAUCUCAGCCAAAACAAAGAGUUUUACAUGAACGCAGAAGUCAGACCACCGUUCACGUAUGCCUCACUAAUAAGACAGGCGAUUUUGGAUUCUCCAGAAAAACAGCUAACACUAAAUGAAAUCUACAACUGGUUCACGAGAAUGUUUGCAUAUUUCAGACGCAACGCUGCAACGUGGAAGAAUGCAGUCCGGCAUAAUCUUAGUCUUCACAAGUGUUUUGUUCGAGUAGAAAACGUAAAAGGGGCUGUGUGGACAGUGGACGAAAUAGAGUUCCAAAAGAGACGGCCUCAAAAGAUCAGUGGAAGUCCGGCCUUAGUGAAGAACAUUCAGACUAGUUUGGGCUAUGGUCCGACUCUUUCUGCUGCCUUCCAGGCUUCAAUGGCAGAAAACAACAUACCUCUAUACACUACUGCUUCCAUUGGAAGUCCCACCCUCAACUCCCUGGCCAACGCCAUCCGUGAGGAGAUGAACGGAGCACUGGACCAUGGAAACAGCAACGGCAGUGACAGCAGCCCGGGACGCUCGCCCCUGCCAGCUAUGCACCACAUCAGCGUUAAGGAGGAACCACUGGACCCCGACGACCACGAAGGCCCGUUGUCCCUAGUAACGACAGCCAACCACAGUCCGGACUUCGACCACCACAGGGACUACGACGACGACCCGGGACACGAAGACAUGCUGUAG